GUUUUCAUUAUCUAAGCUUGUGCGGUGCAUUGCUUCAAGUCACCAUCACAAUUGACUUGUAUUCUUAUCAGUCUAUUCCCAAAUGUGAAGGGGUUGGUCUAAGGCUAUAAGCACGAGAGACAAGACAUGGAGACCUGACCUCAAAUUUAAAGUCUUUCUUCCAAGUCAUCCUCUCCUUACUAUAUAUCUAUCAGUCUAUGUGGCUUUGCUCCCCAGAACGAGCAUUGAAGCUUCCUUUUAUUGCUUAGGAAGGUGACGAUGAAGCCACCUAGUUCACCUUGGAGAUGAUAGAUUAUAUAUCUGUACCCAUCAACGUUCAGUUUGGUCACAGUUUUUGAGUGCCAAAAUGUCGAAUAACAACUUCAACAGAUCAGUGCAGACACCUGAGAAUGACUUUUCCGACCAACCAAAUUUCGACGAGUACUUGAUGUUUGAUGACUGGCUUGAGGAAGAUCAUAACUAUGUAGCUUCAGGGUCUGCUCAGAAUUCGGUUAACCAAGUAAAUGAUGAUGAUUCCGGUGGAAGUAGCAGCCAACUUGGAGGUUCUACUACCAAUGAGAACGGAAGCGUACUGGAAAGGCAGCAAGUUAAAGAAAGAGUCGCCUUCAAAAUGAAAUCAGAGGUUGAGAUUUUGGAUGAUGGGUUCAAAUGGAGGAAGUAUGGGAAAAAGAUGGUGAAGAACAGCCCAAAUCCAAGGAAUUACUACAAGUGUUCAUGUGAAGGCUGCCCAGUGAAAAAGAGAGUUGAAAGAGAUAAAGAAGAUCCAGCGUUUGUAAUUACGACUUACGAGGGCACUCAUAACCAUCGGACCGUCUGAGUUCACGAACAUUUUCGAGGUUUUGGUAAGGAAGGAGAAGGAAGACUACUGCUGUUGCUGCUGCUGCUGAUGUUGCACAGCCAUUGAAGCGGUCAUAUGACGAUCAAUCUUGGAACUAAUAUAGCUCCCUUGUGAGUUGUGACCCUUGUAUUUGGUAGACAAAUGAAUAAAAGUUUUUGUCACUAGAAGUUUUUCCGAA